UGAUUGAACGGAGCGCUAGCCGCUAUAAUAUAGCUGCUAGCUUGUCGCCGCUAAUUUUCGGCAAUAUUCCUUAUCUUACCUGUAUUAAUUAUUAUUUACUAUUUAGUUUUUAGUAUAUUUUACACUAUUUGGUCGGGUUUACACGUUAUAAACAAAUAAAAUGGGUCGUCGUUCAAUAAAUACCACCAAGAGUGGUAAAUACAUGAACCCGACGGAUCAAGCUAGAAAAGAAGCAAGGAAAAAAGAGUUGAAAAAAAAUAAAAAACAACGGCAGAUUGUAAGAACUUCUGUGCUCAAAGGAAAAGAUCCAUUACAAAUACUCUCAGAGAUGGAAAAAAUUGACCAUAUGGAAUACAAUGUUGUGCAACCUUCACCUCUAAAUGAAAAAGUCUUACGUGAAAAAAGAAGAAAAUUAAAGGAAACAUUUGAUCGAGUUAUGAAGAUGUAUGUGAAAGACGAACUUGACAAAUACCAUGAAAUUAAACGAGCAGAAUCAGAGUAUGAAAAGCGGCGUUUUAAACUGAUUUCUUAUUUUGACGCUGUUAAGACUGCACAACAAGUUUCAGUAGACGAAAUUCCUUUACCAGUAAUGACAUCAAAUAUACCAUUACCUGCAUCUAAUAUGGUACAUGGUGAACUACCAAUAGGAAUAUUGAAGAAACCUCCUUUAUACAUGAGUCCACCAUUGUCACCUAUAUCAGGAACAAAAAAACGGCCUCCUGGAGUUCCUCCUGGUGUUCCUCCUGCAUUAACAGAUGAAGAAAAAGAUGAUGAUGACAAUAAUGAUGAUGAUGAUGAUGAUUUUAGUGAUAACGAAACAAUAGUUCAAAAGCGGACACGUAAUUUACGAUUUGCUGAUAUUGAAAACUCUGGCAAAGAAAAUAAAGUAACUGAUGAUAUUGAAAUGUUUAUGAGAGAAAUUGAUGAAGUUCAACGGAAAAGUAAACCAGAAGAGCAUCUUGCGUCAUUACAUGUUCCUACGCCAUCAGGACACUUGCCUCCUGGAUUACCACCAAGCCUCCCAGUUGGUGUUCCUCCACCAAUGCCAUAUCAUGGACCUGGUGGUCGUAUGCCUCCAGGUCCACCACCUGGUAGACCGCCAAUGUUGCCUCCAGGACCACCUCCAGGUUUACCCCCUCGUAUGCAUGUACGAUUACCUCCAGGGCCUCCUCCAGGCAUACCUUCUAGGAUGAUAAGGUACAACACUAGUAUGCAUCAUCCUCCUCCCACCGCUUCUUUAGCAGCAACUAUAACACCUAAUAUAGUCAGUGCGGAACCUCAACUCAUUAAUCGCGAAGAACCCCAUCAAACUGGAUCUACUAUUGAAGCUAAACCAAAAAUGAGAAAUCUUGCGGCUGACGUCACUCGAUUCUUACCAACUUCAAUUAGAGUUAAAAAAGAUGAUGGAAAGACCAGUCGCCGAGAUAACAUAUGGAAUCAGCAAAAAACAUCAGAGUUUAAAACAAAUACUGCAGCAAGUAGUCAACAAGGUGGACAGCCAACCAAAGAUGAUGCUUACAUGCAAUUCAUGCAAGAAAUGGAAGGAUUGUUAUAAAUUUACUUUUACUAUUUUACAUUUUUUAUGUUCAUAAUAUUUUUUUUUAAAUUGUAGAAGUUUCAUUAAUUUUUUUUUGUAUUAAGAUAAAGGUAUGUUAAGUGACUAUGUAUAUGUUUUUCUUAAGUACAAUACUAUAACUGAAACUAAGUAGUUGUCAUUAUUAACUGUUGUCCAGCCUCUUCUUUGUAUCAAGUCGCACCACAGUUGCAAUGUAUUUAGAAUAUAUGUAAUGAAACUAUUAAUUAUAAUGAAAAAUACAUCAUAAUCAAGUUUGCUAGUAAA